GCCAUCUAAAUUAAAGUUAUGUUGAUAGCUAGUGUCUCAGUGACUUGAAUUAGUAUUGUGUUUGUUAUUUAUUGAGGCUUUUCCUUUAUAAUGACUCUAUGAGAACUAAACAAACCACUUAAACUCUUCUAAAACACAAAAUGGCUUCCAACUUAAACUUUUCCUCCUCUCAGUCCUUUACCAAUCUCUUGAUUAGCCAAGAAGAUAACCCAACGCCUCUCAGUCCUUCACAGCCUCCUUUUUCUGAAUCCCAAACACCCACAGCCUUAGCUAGGGCGUCUAGAGUGAGAUGGAGUGUUCCUGAAGAGAAGGCAUUUGCAAGUGCCUGGCUCAACACAUCCAAAGACUAUGUUGUGGGGAAUGAGCAGAGAUCAGCUGCCUUUUGGGAUAGGGUUGCAGCAUAUUAUGCUGCAUGUCCUGCUGUCUCUAAGCUCACCAUCCGAGAGCCAAAUACUUGUAAGCAAAAAUGGCAAAAAAUGAAUGAGCUUGUCAUGAAGUUUGCAGGCUGUUAUGAGUUUGCCUCUCGGACUCCUCACAGUGGAGAGAAUGAAGAUGAUAUUAUCGUGCUGGCCUACAAGCUUUACCAUCAAGAUCAAAAAAACAAAUUCAGUCUUGAGCAUGUUUGGAGAAUCCUCAAGACUGAUCAGAAAUGGUGCAAUUGGUGUGAGACCAAACUUCCUGCCAAGAAGAAAGCUAAACUUUCAUCUGUAGAAGAAGAGAGUCUUCAAAGGCCUAUAGGUGUGAAGGCAACCAAGGCUUUAGCCAAGUCCAAAGGUAAGGGAAAGAGUGAAGGAGGAGCUGAAGCUAGUUCUGCUGCUGAACUUCAGCUUUUGUGGGAAGUGAAAGAGAAGGAUUUGGCUGCCAAAGAGAGACUCUCCAAGCAGAAGCUACUUGACAGCCUUCUUGGAAGGUCUGAUGGAUUGAGUGAGUUGGAAAUUCAACUUAAGAACUCUCUUAUCCAAGAGUAUCUGUCUGGAAGCAAUGUGUUUGUUUUUGAGAAUGAAUAUUCUGGUCUUUAGGACCUCCUCUUGGAAGCUAGUGAUGUCGGCAAGGAAAGGAUUGAGAGUAUCUGUUGCUUGAAUGUAGGGUUGUGUGACUUUAUGCGGAUGUACUUUGUUUUUUGCUUUAUUCGGAUGUACCUGCCAAGAACAGAGCUACUAUUUGUUUGUUUUUAGUAGCACAUGGCAUAUGGUCGGCAAUGUUUUUGUGGUCAGAAGCCACUUUUUUUUACUUUCUAUGGUCUUUGUCUUAGUAGCACAAUGUAUUGUGGAGAAACCACUUGUUGUUUUGUUUUAGUAGCACAAUGUAUUGUCGACAAUAUAUUAUUGGUA